AUGCCACUUAAGAAGCUCUAUAAACAACCACUUUUCCUCGCCUCUACACUCCUGACCAUCCUCUCAAACACAAUCGAGUUUCAAUCUCAAUCCCAAUCUCCACACCAAACAUUCAAUCCACUUUUACCUUUUCAAGUUGCCAUCCAAGCCUUGCAAAUCCUCAACCUGAAAUCAACUUCCACCAAAAUGAAGUUCACCGCUACUACCAUCGCUGCCAUCGUUGCCGUCCUCCCUAUGACCAACGCCUGGAUCUUCACCAGCUGCAGCCGGCAGUGGGAUGGUGAAAACAACAAGGGCUGUACCAAGGCCGCCUGCAAGACUGGCGACAAGAUUGACUGGGAGAACCAAUGGUUCUCAGACUGUACCCUUCGUGUCUAUAGUGACAGCUCCUGCAAGAAGCAGAUUGGAAUUGCAUCUGAUGACUGGAAUGAUCACAAAUUGAGCAAGAGCAUGGGCAGCUUCCGUGUUUCGGGUUGCCCCAAGGACUAG